AUGUCUGGAGAUGCCCGCGACUACCGCGCAUCUCCGACUUCCAAGGAGUACAGUCUCGAGGCGGAUGUUGCGCCAGCCAAAGGGUCGUCCAGGUCGCCGGCCGACAGCGUCGCUGAUGUCUCGCCGGUACAUCGCAUCUAUUAUCCUUGCUUUGGCAAGAUAGAUAUCAAGACAUACAUAGAUGCGCGCUUGUACGGCUUCAGCUUCCAACGCAUGCACGACGAAUGGGUAGUGAUGGGUAAGCCGCAGAUCGAUACAAGCCAUUGGCCCCGCAUGCCUGGACAUAGAGGCAUCCCGACAUCGCCUGCAGACUUCCUGCGGGUGGCCGAAUACUACGACACGAAAUUGUACGAACAGGUUCUGCUUGAAGCGCAGGGAAUCCCGGCCGACCCCAACCGACCUCUGGACGACUUUUUCGGAUCGAUGGUCACGACUGCGGCCAUCGCCAAAGCCGACUUUGGCGUCUACCGCUUCACUCAAGAUCAGCCAUCCGCGAGUGAGGCGGCAGCGCAGCAUAUGUGGUACCAGACUUUCAACAUGUUGCUGCAAGCGUCGAUUCGGUACUUCCUCAGCGAAAGGUCCGUAUGCGAUCGUCUCGGAGCACACAAAUGCGUCCUCCCGCUCCUCUUCGGACAGGCGCACUCAAUGACGGCGCCGAGCCUUCUGGAAAACCUCACCUUCCAAAUGCAGAUCCUCAGGAACGUUUUCCCCAACUUUGGCGAACAUUUCGGCCGGUGUGCCGCGGCCAGACCACCACAGCAGCCGCUGUCGCCAAGCCUGGUCGUGACGAGUCCGCACGAACCAAACUCAGCAGCUCCCGCAAGCCAUUUCGGCAUGCAUCAAGAUCUCUCAUCAAGCGAAGGCAAGACCUUGUCCGGCUCCAAGCAGCGCUCCUCGUUCAGCGCUGCAACGGAUGGCGAUGCUUCACAUCAGCUGCUAGCGCAACUGAGCCAGCCGUUGACGUCGAUCUUCAUCCCUGCUGAGAUGAAAGGGCGAAGAGAUCUGUUUGCCGCCGCUGUGCAUCCCUCGAUCCGCUGCGAUAUUGCGCUGGAUCAAGUGGUGAACUUUAUCGAUUCGCGGAUCGUGACGUCGACCUCGACGUCGGCCUCUUCAGCUUCUACGCCAGCAUCUAUAAGGACGACGACGCCAAUCCAUGGCGCACCAGGGACCAGCGCGAUCUCUUCUGGAUCAUCUCUGCCGUCUUCGGACGCGGGGUGGCAGAGGCGCGGGCACAGACGAGUCGAGGAGGAUAUGGGACCUGACAUCGAGUCGGCGAAUUUGACGUUGCAGCCUCCUCCGCAGACGCACGCUGUGUGGUCGCAAAGAGCUCCAGAUCGAUCUCCAUCCGAAGAGAGCAGCAUGAUGACGCCAGAGGAAGCUAUAUCUCUUCAGCUUGAGAGGUCACAAGGCGGCCUGGCGCAUCCCUACUUCAGCUCGCUUCCAACGACACCAACCGAGAUGUAUGCAUCCGACACGCUCUCGGCAGCCUCACAAGAAGGAAAUCAGCCACACUCGAAUCGCAGAAUGUAUGCCUCGGGAGCGGCCGCUCUCUCAAUGACGUCGACCUCGGAUGGGGACUCGCGCAAGCGCACCCGUGCGGAACAGAAUCGUGAAAAGAUGAAAGCAUAUCACAGGAGAGUUAUGCAGCAGCGAGAAGCUCUCACCCGUGUGCUAGCGGAUAUGACGGCCAACGUCGGAUUUUUACCCGCUGAUGCGGCACAAUUGAAUCCGAACGCCUCCACAGGUCUAGCGGACGGUGAUGGUCGGGAGGGAGCCGCGGGUACAGAGACGUCGGGAUCGAUCGGUCGCGCGCCACAAGAGUCGAGCUGGUCGGUAUCGUUGCGCAACAAGCAGAAGCAAGAAUCGAAAGCGAGGCUGCGAAAACGUGAGAUCGAGCAGGUGCACGAGCUGGGACUGUACGCCAGCUACGCGUGUGCCACGCUCUCGCGCUCGCAUUCGUCUGAUGCGGAGACGACGCCGUGGAUGGGCCAAGGGAAUGCCGGUGAUGCGGCGGCGAGGCGAACCGAAGGCGAGCGGAGCAGCUCUGCAAUGCCAUGGCGCCAGCUCGGGGAACAGCAAGUGUCAGACGCGGACCUGUACAUGUCGAAUGCCAUCGUGCGCACGUUCUUGCGGCAUCGCUCGGACUGGAUUGCGCUCAUCUCUGCGGAGCAAAGGCUGGCGAGCGAAGUUUCAAAAUUGUUCCCGAGCACGGACGAUGCGGGCGCGUCAGGAGGUGGCAUGAGCGCGGGAGGCGACGAAGCUGUGUCUACUCGGUCUCACAUCAAAGUGCUGAUCGACCGAGUUCAAAUGGAGGAAAGAGCAGGUAGACUGAUGAUGGCAGGGCCAGACUCGACUGCGAUGGGUAGGGCAACUUCUGCAAACGAUCCAAGCCGCUCGCCAGGCGGGACAAGCCCAUCAAGUCCGUUCAUGGCUGCCGAUGCUGCGAAUGCCGCGCGAAUUGCAGCGACAGGACCAGGAACAUAUGGUCAGCAUGGAUACAUGCAAGCUGGAGCGGUUCUACUGUCGCCAAGCUCUUCCGAGUACGGAGGGAUGGUGUCGCCUUCUGGCGUGAUCCGACCUGCAGGUGUGGACGAAGGCGGAGAUUACUUCAGCCAAGAUCGGAGGCGCCCUCACGAGUCAGCCAUAGCGACGCCCAGCGUGCUGCGGUCGAGCAGCGGAUACAGAUACAACACGAGCCACGGUCAAGAGGCACGGAUGGCAGCUCAAGGCGCAGCAGGACAGCUGACGUCGCCGCUGGAGCAUCCACAGGUACGUGUGUCGACGCACUUUGACGAGCGGAGCCAUGGAGCGAUGACAGUGCCGGGCACAUCUGGAUCUCGAGUUGCGCACGGCGCGAGCCUGUACCACUCGCAGCCUCUGCAUGCACCUCCUCUCGGGUAUGCGAGCUCGUUGCCCUCGCAGAGUGGUGGACAUUUGGACGCACACCCAGCUGAAGGAUCACCGACACCUGGCGGGUCGCCGUCCGUGUUGCAUCAAGGGUACCGUCCGCAUCAGCCGGGUUCACCUCAGUAUCCACCGAACUAUCCGUAUAGUCAGCAAGGUCCGUAUGGUGGCGCGUGA